CUUGGCAGUAGUUGUACUUUUUCAAUUAAAUAGCCAAGAGCUGUAUAUUUUAUAUUCGAUUUAAAACAAUUUAAAUACUCAACAUGGAAGACGAAGAGGACUUUGAGUUGGAUAGCAAUGCUGUCGACGAAGGGAGUGAUGGGGGUGAAGAGGAGGAACAGAUAGAGCUCGAAGCGGAAGCUCUGGAUAGCUGGUCCUCGUUUCAUGAGCGCAUUGAUGCUUUGCUGGAAAACGAGCAUUGUGAGAAGCCGGUGCGCAAGCUAGAUGAACGGCGGAAGAACACAUUGGAACGGGUACGGGAACAGUUUCGUACUGCACCCAAGUCCAUAGCGGACCGUGCUCGCUCGCAAAAGAAUCAAAUUGAACAGCAGUUGGAGCUGUCGAGCACUCGUCUGGGUGAGUUGAUGCGGUUCGGGGAUGAGCUUGUUACGAACAUACGGGUGGCGAAUGAAAGACGCGAGCUGGAUCGUCUGGCGUUCGAGUCCUCGCAGCAGACCAAGAUGGCUGUGAACCUGCAUCGUGAGAGCAUGCAGACAAUGGCCAAGUUUUCGAACAUCAAAUCGCGCUGGACGGAGCUGAAUGAGAUCAACGAGCCAAUGGCGCUGUGGGAGCAGAUCGAGGAUCAGAAGAAGCGCAUAGGCGAGAUCAUGGAGAGCAAGGACGAGAUGAUUGCGGCUUGCCAGCGGGAGAUCGACCGUAUGAAUGCAAAAUACGAGUACGACUGUGAGCGACAGGCUGCCGAUCUGAGCUGCCUGGUGGAGCGUGUGGAUCACCAGGUGGAGACACUGAAGGAUGCUUACAAGCAGCAUCUACAGAUGCUGCGUCACACCAUUGAGGACGAACGCCAGCUGUUCGCCAUCACAUCUGUGGAGAAGUGGCGCAGCUUCUUCGAUGCCCUGAACACAAAUUUUGAAGAGAAGACAGACUUUCUAAAGACUCGAGAGCGUUUCUACGCAGCCCAAACACAUCUGAUCACCGAAUCCCAGGAGGAGUUGACCAAAAGUACGCGCAUACGUCUGGAGAAGGAGUGCGAGCGUCUAGAACUUGAGCUGCGACGCACUCGCGACAAUGUGCUGAUGAACUCAGAGAAGCUGGACUACAACUAUCAGGUGUUGCAGAAACGGAAUGAUGAGAACGUCAUCAUCAACAAUCAACAGAAGCGGCGUGUGGCGCGUCUGCACGAAGCGGUGGUGCGCAUGCGUCAUAAGCUGGUGAGUAUCAACCAGACCGGCAAACAGACGAUCAAGCGUCUAUCGACGGAUAUCUAUAAGCUGCAUGCAAGUAUUAACGACAUGGAAUCAAAAGCGCACGCCACACGUCUGGCCAACAAGGAGAAGUUCGAUCGCAUGUGGGAAAUGAAUUACACGGAGUUGAUGGUUCUGGUUAAUCGAGUAUUCGAAAUCGACCGCAUCCUGCACGAACAGCAGCUGGCCAUACCUUGGCAGAAGGUUGAAGUGGAUACCACUGAUAUUAAUCCGAUGCCGCCGCGUCGGCACAACAAUAUUAUGGAACAGUUUCGAAGACGCGCUGGAAAACCGUCCAAGAAUCGGCCCAUUGUUAAGGUCAAGGCACACGAACCAGACGUUAAGGAACUGCCGAUAGAGACAGUGCGUCUGAUGCACAAUUUAAUGCGUAAGUUGGCGGAUCGGGGCGGAUUUCUCAUCGAGGAGCGCCUGAUUAAGAUACUAGAGCCCUACUCUGAGGAAGAUCAAUGUCUGGUGCGCAUCGACAACAUCUUUGCGGCACUACGGAUUCGCCGUCUACGCGAUGUCGAGCAACUCACACGCAUCUUUAUGCCCUUCACCUACUGUCCCAAUUGCCAGCCGGCUGGCCUUAGUCCCCAAAAGUGCGCUGAAGUGUUUAUGCAUGAUCGCAAGCAUAGUCGCUAUCUGAAACUGGCCGAUGUGGAACACCACGAGCAUUACGCCGAACCGGACUCAAUGAUCAGUAUUGCCGAUGGCAGGAAGUGUGACAAACACUAUCUAGUCAUGGAGCCAGCCCUCAUACUGCACGCCCUGAAUAAGUUCACCAAGGAGAUGCACAAACGCCUAUAUCUGACUCCGGUCGAUCCCCAUGUGCACGAAAUCAACUAUAUCCAGGUCACGGACGAGACCAUUCGCACCUUCUGGCGAAAGUUUAGCGCCUGCUUCCCCCAAUCAAAGCGCAGACUCUGGAAGAUCCUCGAACAUGGUCUCAACCACUAUGUAGAUGUGUUGAAGCUGCGCCAAGAAUACGACGCUGAGGUCGAACGUUUGCGUCUGCAAAACGUCGAAUUGGGUCACUUGCUCCAAAAGUAUUUGGUCUAGCCAACUACUCAGUGAACUGAUAUCCCCUUUUUACUUUUAUGGCAGUACAAUUUCAUUUUUUCAAAGUUUUUACUAAUGUUCGCUAUAAAUUCUGAUUGUAUAAUUCGCUCAAUAAAAACCACUUCUAUAA